UAAACAUUGAAAACGAUAAGGCCCCAUAAACUCUAUUGGAAUACGAAAUGAUAAUCACUUAAUCAUUGCGACGGAAAAUAUCAGUUGUGGUUGAAUGGCAUCCAGUCCUCUUUCUCCGGCAGCCGUAAACGUCCACCACCAUCCUAACUCAUCGAUUCUCACCGCUGCAGUUCCUUUACUCCCUUCUAUCCGUUUCUUUCCAUCUAGCCAUUGUUCUGGUAGUAAACUCGUAUCCUCACAGCCUUCUUCUCUACAUCCGCCACGGAGUUCCAGUUUAUGGCUUCGCCGGUGUGGUGCAUCGAGCCCUCAUCCGCCUUCUCCUCCGGAGUCUGGACCACCUCCUGGUGAAGAUGACGAUUCUAAUUCAGGCUCAUUGGUAUCUUUUACUAGAUUUCAAGAAAAUGUUCAGAUUUUUUUUGCUGUUCUUUUCUGGAUGUCCCUCUUCUUCUGGUCAUCCGCAUGGGAUGGAAGGAAUAAUGGCAGAUCCGACAAGGGACCAAAAUUCUGGAAAUGAAUCGUUAAACAUUUAGAUUGUAUAUAUAGCAUGAUAAAACUAGGUGUAUUAUUGUAAUAAAACAACAAGUAGCCACCACUAUAUUUACUGUUGUAUAACUACUGUAAUAUCACGUAUAAUGUAUAAGUUUUGCUGAUUUCCUUCGUUUGUUCUAAUUAUUAUUUCCAAGAUUUUCCGGUUUAUAAUCGAAAGUUAUAUAUAUAUAUAUACAACACCUUUUAGAUCUUUUGUAAUUUUCGGUUUCUUGCUCUUUCUUGCUAG